AAAGGAGCUCGAGCUACUUCCACCAGAAUUGCUGCCUAUACUGCGCGUGAAACCGCCGUCAAAAAGAAGAAUCAUAGCGAGGACAUAGCGUCGGCACUGAAAUGCGAGGACUCAACGAUAAUAAAUCGAGCCCUUAAGGCCUCCUGGUUCUUCGAUGGCAGCUACAAGGAAAUCCUCGACGUUACGUAUUUCUGCAAACAACUCUUUCCAUACGUUUCCUUGAACACGAGGACACGUAUUAUAGCUGAACUCUCGCAUCGAUUGUCCGGCAAGGAUCCAGUUUUCGCGCAUGACUUGUUCAUAGAUGUGGAAUCUAUCUACGGUCUUCAAACCGCUUACCCGUUGAUCAUAGCGUGUGAUGAGGCUUUCGUUUAUAAAACGAUCGUCGAGAAAGAACUCGUACUGCCUACAGGUAUUGUUAAAAAGAUCUUCCGCAAGAAUCCGGAUUUGGUAGUGCGUUUUCUCAAAUUAUUAAAGCCUUGUGAAUCAGACACGACUGAGCGCUCACCUUUCGCGAUCGGCAUUGAUAGAUAUAAGACCUUCUUGCCUAAAUUAAUAAAGAAGCAUUUGGACGCUUUCAUAGAAUUAUGCGAAAUACACGAAACUCAUCUGCCGAAUAUUUCAUUGAGUAAGACGUGUACCGAAAUAUUUCGGACAAAAGCCCUGCAACAUCUGUUGGAAAAACCGCUCACGUAUAUUCAUAUGUUACCGCUCGGCCAAAUCAAUGAUUUAAUGGAGCAUAUAUUUCCGAAGUUAUUGCCCGAAAAAAUGUCUUCCUUCGAUACGGAUAGCGCGCUCAAGUAUUUGGAGCAUUAUCCACUCACUGAAAGGUAUGACUUGCUCCGUAAGACAUACAAAAACAAAUACAAUGCUGACCUUCUCGACCAGACGAAAAACGUGACGCCUGCCCUGUUAAGACUAUUACCUACUGAAGAACGGAUUAAGGAAGCUAGAAUUAAAAUCGAAAAGGAGAAUUUAGAAAAAUUUCAUUUCGAAAGUAAAAUCUAUUAUGAAGACACAACGAAUUACGAAACAGCUUGGAUUUGUUAUUUAGCUACUGAUGAAGCGAUACCAGCUAUAAAAGAAAAGAUAAACAAAAGUUCAUAUGAAACAGACAGAGCUGGUCUCAUUUGUCAAAUGAUCUACACUUGUAAGAUUAAUGAAGAUUUUCAGGCAUUGUUCGAUACUUUGAUGUAUUUUUUAAAUAGACAUAGAAACGAAAGUAACUGGGUAUUUCAAAAAAUGUUUAGUAUACUUUUACAAUUAUAUGAUGUAGCAUUUCAAUUUGAUGAAAAGCUAAUGUCCCUUACAUGGGAGAUUGCUCGAAUACCUUAUAUAAAAGAAGAAUAUAUACUUUACGAUAUAUUCGAAGCUAUCAUUCAUUUCAGACUUAAAUUCAAUAAGCCAAUUGUAGAACUGCUCGAUAUGUUUAUAAAACAAAAUAUAUUCAACAUACUCCAAAAAUAUCCAGUGCAUGAGAGACAAUGUCUCUUAACUUUCGCGGAUAUCAUCAAAGAUAAAUAUUCUAAUGACAAAGAUCUCUUAUGCCAAUUUGUAACAUCGAUUUACGAUUUCAACGAGAGAUGUAAAAAAUCGCGCAUCAAUAUAAAACAAAUAAGAAUUACAGAUUAUCCUUGGCUAGAAAAUUUUCUUUUCGAAGAAUUAACUUCUUGCAGGCAAAGUUAUUGCGAUGUAAAAGAUAUAUUACAAAAAUAUGAACCAGAAUUGUAUCAUAGUUGGUUCCCAGGUAGUAUUGUGAAUAUAAAAUCAGGCGAGGCGCUCAGAUUAUUAAAACGAGAUUCACAAAAAAUACUAGACAUUUGGGAAAAGUACUUAGAUAACUGCAGAGAAAAUUGUAAUUACGUAAAAGUGCAACGCUUUGUCAGGCAUAUGCGUUGGUAUAAGGACUUACCUAUUAAAUUUGUCGAGAAUUGCUUGUCUAAUUAUUCGAUAAAUACAAAUGAAAAAUCGAAAAAUAUUCCUAUUCUGGCCAUUUUACUUCAUGGUGAUACGGUGACAAAACUAAUUGAGCCUCUUAUACCCACGGAAACAACGGUUGAUACUAAUCAUCCGGAUGCCAAGGAUAACUAUCAACUCGUAAAUUAUUUACCACUGAGCAUGAGACUUUCCAAUCCGCCAGUCCCUCUUAACCUUGUAGCUAAACUAUGCGUAGGAGAUUACUUGUCAGUAGCUCUGAAGACAUUAAUAAAUGUAAGCAGAAGAACUUGUGUGCCGGAAGUGAUAUCUACUGCACAGAAAUUGAUGAAUAUGCGCGUUAGUACACGGAAGCAUGGAAUUAGGUUGAUGUACUUAGUAGCUUCAAUGCGCGAGUUAAAGAGUUUUCUCCAAAACACAUGGGCAACCGAAACUCAUCAUUCAGUACGACAAGUCCUAUUCAAUACAAUUCAGAAAUUUUUCCUUAUGAAUCCUAAUCCCGAAACUUGGUCUCUAUAUUAUCAAACCACGUUGACUAUGAAUCUCGACGACGAAGCGCUACUUUCAGAAAUGAAGCUAUUUUCCGACAUCCCCAAUGAAUACAUCGUCAAAUAUCUCAAUCUAUGGUUCAAAGCGAUAAACAAUCUUCAUGAAAUGGGAAUGGAUGUUCAAAGGACAAAUAAAUACAUUGCCAAUUGCUUGGAAACGCUUACGAUAUCCAUUUCUAAUCUACUACCCGAAGAAUUCACCGAGAAUAUACUUCAAAAAUUUUUAUUUCAUAGCAAUACCGAUGUAUCCAAUGCAGCGAGAUGUUUUACAAUAUCAUAUAUUUUUCAGAGGAUAAGGAUACACAUACAGCACGUUUCAAAAUAUUCGCUGAUAUUUUUCACAAAGCAGUGACAACUUCUUGGAACGUUUCUCAUCCUAAAAAAUUACGCUUCUAUCCGGUCAACAACGCUGUGCGUU